AUGAGUUUCACUGUGGAAAGCCACUUUUUCGGCUCGAGCGGACUCCGCAAGACUCGGCCGGUCUCGGUGUCCUCCAGCGGCUUCCGCUCCCAGCGCCGCCGCUUCACCAACAGCCAGCCGUCCUCCGGGGACAACGCGGACACCUUCACCUGGGACAUGUCCCGUAGGAGCGAGAAGGAGAUCCUGCAGGCGCUCAACGACCGAUUCGCCGGCUACAUUGACAAGGUGCGCAGCCUGGAGAUGCACAACCGCAACCUGGAGGCAGAAGCGGCGGCCCUGCGGCAGAGCCAGAGCGGCCGCGCUACGGUGGGGGAAUACUACGAGCGGGAGCUGAAAGACCUGCGUGGGCUCAUAAAGCAACUUGGGAGGGAGAAGGGACGCGCGACCGUGGAGUACGGACGCCUGGAGGACGACAUCCAGCGGCUCCGGGCCCGACUGGAAGAAGAGGCGCGCAGCCGGGAGGAGCUGGACGCGGCCGCUCGGGCUCUUAAGAAGUACGUGGACGAGUGCCGUCUGGCCCGACUGGAGCUGGACAAGAAGCUCGGCGCACUGGACGACGAGGCCGCCUUUCUCAAGCGGAACCACGAGGAGGAGGUUGCCGAGCUCCUGGCGCAGAUUCAGGGCGCGCAGAUGACAUUUGACCUGCGCGACACGCACAACGUGGACGUGACCGGAGCUCUGCGGGAGAUCCGCGCGCAGCUCGACUGCCACACUACCAAAAAUGCAACGCAAGCUGAGGACUGGUUCAAAGUGCGCAUGGAGCGUCUGACAGAGGCGGCCAAGUCCAACCAAGAUGCCAUCCGGGGGACCCAGGAGGAGAUCGUGGAAUAUCGUCAUCAGCUCCAGAGUCGCACCAUCGAGCUGGAGACUCUCCGAGGUACCAAGGAAUCCCUGGAGAGGCAGUGUCUGGAGAGCGAGGACAGACACCAGGAUGACCUAGACUCCCUUCAGGAGCACAUCAAUCAUCUGGAGUCUGAGCUGAAAAACACCAAAUGGGAGAUGACUAGCCAGCUAAAGGACUAUCAGGAUCUACUGAACGUAAAGAUGGCUCUCGACAUUGAAAUAGCUGCUUACAGGAAACUACUGGAAGGAGAAGAGAGUCGUCUUGUGUCAGGAAGUCCGUUUUCCUUCCUGGAUAACAGAAUUUCAGUGCAUUUGAAAGUGAAAGAUGAUAAAGUGAUUGUUCAAGAGCAGACAGAUGAGACCCAGGUCACUGAGGUGACAGAGGAGGCAGAAGAGGAUGAAGAAGGUGAAGAAACUAAAGAUGAGUUGCAAGAGGAGGAAGAAACUCAAGUCGAAGAAAAAGAGGAUAAAGGAGAGGAUGCGGGUGAGCAAGAAGAGAUGACCAAAUCGCCAGGGAAAGUUCAGAAUUCCCCUCAACCAAAAUCACCUCCCAAAUCGGAGAAAGUUCCAAAUUCUCCUAAAUCCAAAUCGCCACCAGCCAAAUCUCCCAUGCCCAAAUCUCCUGAAAAAUCACCAAAAUCCAAAUCUCCUCCGAGCAAAUCCCCUCAGUCUAAAUUUCCGCCUCCCAAGACACCAGAACCUCAGGAAAAGGAUAAGGUCAAGUCUGUCCCUGCACCCAAAGACGAAGCUAAAGAGGAGAAAAAAGACAAACCUCAGCCUGUUAAAGACGAAACGAAGGAUCCACCAGUUAAGGAGGAAAAGUCGGGACAACCAGCAAAAAAUGUCGCUGAGAAUGAAAAAGAGGUUGACAAACCAGAUGUAAAGAAAGUGACCGAAAAAGUUGAGGUUCCAAAGAAGGAAGAAACUCCAAAACCUUCGAAACCUGCCGAGAACAAAACUCCGGCCUCUAAACCUAAGGAUGAGUCUCCUCCCCCGGUUGAGGAGAAGCCCUCCACUCCUAAAGUGGCCAAGGCAGAGCCAGAGAAAACAGAGAAGAAGCAGGAACCUGAGAAACCAGAAAUUAAGAAACCAGAGGAGAAAAAGGACGCAAGUAAAGGAUCUGACGAUGGAGGGAAGGUGGAGAAAUCUCCUGGCACUGAGUCCAAAGACAGAAAGGAAGAGAAAGCCAAGAAGUAACGGAAAGGACAACAACAACAAAAAAAACUAUGGGUGAGAGAAGGAAAGAUGCUCAAAUGUUAAGUUCAGAAUUUUUGACAUUAGGCCUACUCUUAGUUUAAUAAGUCAGUGGAGUUGAUUUCAACAAAUUUUGUGCAAUUUGUCAGUGAAUUGUUAGUUUUAGUGCUCCGGAGUGGCUAAGCUAGCGCAAGUCAAUGGUGCCUGAUUAGCAUGCCGAUAAAAAACUACAUUACCAGAUCUAACAUGGUCAAAUAUAUUCAAAACACAGAUAAUUGUUCGAAAUACCCAUCCGGCCAAAACAAUGUCCCACCAAACUGCCGUAAUUCAUUUCAUUUAGCGGGACUAUUUUUUUUUUAGAUGCGUAAUGCAACCACAAUAGAGAGGAGUGCUUCGGCCACUCGUGCUUAGUCUGCUGGGGAUUUCGUUCUUACAACAACAACAAAAAAAACAGCGGUGAAAAAACUGAAAACUCUCCGCCAUACUUGCCUAGACAGACUGUUCGCUGCAGAGCUGCUGGAUUACAAACAUUGCUGUUAAUACUAUAAUUAUUGACAUGCAAUGUUAAUUUUUAACAAACCCAUCCUGAAAACAUAGCCAACUAUUACUCGCAUGUGUCAACGGUGAUUCUCAUGUAUGUAGGUAUGUGCCAGUAUGAGAUUUUGACGGUAUGAUAACCUUAAGCAAAAAUACGGCGGUUUCACGGUAUUGCAAUUAGAGCUGGGAAUCUUUGGGCACCUAACGAUUUGAUUACGAUUCAGAGGCUCCGAUUCGAUUAUAAAAUGAUUAUUGAUGCACCCCGCCCCCUUCUUCUUCUUUUUUUUUCUUUUUUUUUUUUUUUUAAAUGUAUUGUACAUUAGUUCCAAAAUUGUUCAAAAAUCCUCUCAGGCUAAACCAAUUUACUAUUUCAGUAUCAAGUUUAGUGCUGCAACGAUUAAUCGAUUAACUCGAGUAUUCAAUUAGAAAAAAAUAUUCAAAUUAAAUUUUGCUGCUUCGAGUAUUCGUUUAAUUAAAGUGAUGUUGUAAUGGUUUAUUUUGAAAGUGUUUGCAUUUAGUUUUAUUGAUUUGGGUGGAUACACUGCCUUAUAGUCUGCUUUAAUUCACAUGGCUGAAUCCAGGUGCUCCCUGUUAAGACCAACAUAAGCUAUAUUUUGUUUGAGCUGUUUUUUUUAAUGCAUCCGUAAUUUAGUUUAUAGGUAUUUAGCCUAUUUUUGUGGGGAUAUUUGUCUGAACCAUUUGUUAAGAGCAUUGUAAAAAAGUUAGCAUUUUAUAGCAUUUAAACUAGCGGUAACUUUUGCGAUGCAAGUUAGCCAAUUGUUCUUUUGUUGUACAAAGAUCAUCAUUUAUUAUUAUUAUUUUUUUAAUACCAUUUGAGGCCCAGCUCAGGUAAUAAAUUUUUCAUGUUCCUUAUCCGAUUACUCGAUUAUUCGGCUACUAAAAUAAUCGAUAGCUGCAGCCCUAAUCAAGUUAGCAUAUAACUUUAAACAAAUAUACAAAAAUAACAGUAAAUAAAAAAACUCGUCCCCAUUCUGUAUCAGCAGCUUUAAACUACAUUCAAUUGAUGUAAUGUUGUGAAUCAACUGUUACAGUUGUUAAAAUUGCUCCCGUUAUUCCAUAAUUUCCCCUUUGUCUACUUUUGUCAAAGUUUUAAAACUAUUUCAUCAUUUAAAGAUACAUUCAAGACAAGAUUCUGCCGAUUUAGGAGUAUUUUAGAUAAAAAGUUAAUCAGGUUCGCUAAAACAAAGCCUUCUAGAGAGGUCUACUGCUUUAAGAUGGCGGCUGUUUACUUACGCCGGAAAGUCUGUCAUUUCACAUCUCUGUUCAAUAAUACAUGUUCUAAAACCGACGUCGUCUGUCAUUUUGCAUCCAGUUCUACAUAUAUAUCUACUGUAGCCGUAUGUUUGUAGCAACUAGGCAUUGUUUGUAGCGGCUGUCAGCCGCAGUCAGGUAUGAUUGUUUUUUUUUAUCUAGCGGCAUGCGUUGAACAUGAUACUCUCAGUCCGUUCCUCAUUGUGUCCCAAAGACCGCGGUGACUGUGUUUUACUUCCGCUUAACCUGGUAUAAUUCAAUAAUCGGAAUUUGGAUAUUUGUGAAUCGUUCUCGAAUCUUCCACGGCCGAAUCGCGAAUAAUCUAAGAAUCGGAAAUUUCGCACGCCUCUAAUUGCAAUUAUAGCUCUAAAAUGUGUUAUUUUGAGAUGGGUUAAAAAAAAAAAAAAUCCAUUAAACAGGAUUUUUAGAUUUUUUUCACAACAUAUUUGCAAAAUGUUUACAAUGGCGGAAGACUUUACAAAAGUAGGCUAAUGGUAGAUAGGAAACUAGUUAGCCGUCUCGGCAUGCUAACUAGCCACGUUUUCUACCUCGUUAACAAGCUUACGUUAUAGUAUUUGUUUUACCGUCACGAGGCACACUAAACCAGUUUGAGUGAAAUCUAAUAGCUGGUGGCAAACGUUCAUGACAGCGUUUACAUAUUGUGUAAAGUGACGGAUGAUGGUCAGGUAAAUGUGAAAUCAUGCUGGAGAUGUUGCCUGCACAUCAGCUGACCUUCCUCAAGUUUCUUUUCAAUAGCUGAAGUACUCCCAUACUUGUAACAUUUGUCUAUUUUUGCGGGGGUAGGAAAAGCUCAGACGUGUAGGGCUGCAGGUAUCGAAUAUUUCAGUAAUCGAGUAUUCGACUGAAAAUUCUAUCGAGUAAUCCGAUCGAACAAAUAUUUUUUUAAUGUAAAGAGCAAUUAUAAAUAUACAAGAAAAAACAAGAAAUUUCACCUAUUUUGAACCAUUUUCAGACAAUGUUUUUAUUUUCGAUGUACAUUUUUGAAAGCAGCUAAAAAUUGAAUCUCAGAUGUGACUAGAAAAAGGAAAAAGAAAACAAAUUCACGGCUGUCACUCAAAAAGCUUCUAGAUCUUAUAAAAAGAAAUCUUAUUUCCUACCUAAAAAUGUCAUUAUGCCUGAUAACACACAUCACCUAAAAGUUGAAGUUUUUCCCAUUUGUGUCAAGCUAUUUUUAAGUUCUAGUUAAUCAAGUUUUAAGUUGUAAGUAGGGCUGCAACUAUCGAUUAUUUUAGUAGUCAAUUAAUCGAUUAACUAGUUACUUCUAAUAAUUGAGUAAUCGGAUAGGGAACAUGAAAACUUCAAAUACCUGAGCUGACCCUCGAAUGGUAUAAAAAAAAUAAAAAAUAAAUAAGGAUCUACUGUAUGUACAACAAAAUUUACAUAGCAACAGUCCACUAGCUUAAAUGCUAUAAAACUUCUUUUUUAACAAUGCUCUUAACAAUUGUUCAGACGCAUAUUCCAGCAAAAAAAAACCUGCUAAAUAAAACUAUAAAUUAAAUUACGAAUGCAUUGGAAAAAAACAUUAGCUCAAACAAAAACUUGGCUUAUGUUUGCCUUAACAUGGAGCAGCUGGAUUCAGCUACGUGAAAUGAGGCAGACUAGAGGGCAGUGUAUCCAUCCAAACCACUAAAUUCAAACACUUUCAAAAUAAACCUUUACAAUGCCACUUUAAUUAAACGAAUACUCGAAGCAGCAAAAUUUAAUUUUAAUCUUUUUUUCUAAUCGAAUACUCGAGUUAAUCGAUUAAUCGUUGCAGCACUACUCAGAUGUAGUGUCACUGACACAGGACAGAGCAACAACUGGAAGGGGAUAGGUGAGCACUGCCGCUCCAAGCCACGGAUUUCCCGCUACAUUUUUGGGACCUCAAAAAUAGCUAAUACGGUAACUACGGUAUGACAGAAAAUUUUAGUGGUUUUGAAACCGUGACGUUUUUAUACCACAGUAAACCUUGAAACCGGUAACAGCCACAUGCCUACAUGCGUACACGUUUAUUAUUGGUAUGCUAAGCAGGCACCAUUGACUCGCACUAGCUUAGUCACUCCGGAGCCCUGAAACUAACAUAACUGCAUUGAAUUUGUUGAAAUCAACGACUAAUAAACACUUGCUAACUCGAAGAUAAAGCUUUUAUGUAAAAAAUUCUGAACUUCCCCUUCAAGCAUAAGAAAACUUUAUUUCUAUUGUCCUAUUUACGCACCAUUAACGCUAAUACAUCUGUAGCCAGGUUUAUCAAGCUCUUUACAAAUGUGAAUGUGACAGCUGCCUUUCAAUAAAGUGCAUUUACACUGUACCUGCACUAGCCUUCAAGGACAGAUGCUAAGCUGAACAUAUUGACCCCAAAUAUAUUUCAUGUAUACAAAUAUCCACAUUAUAUUUGCUAUAAUAGAAAUUAGUAAGACCGACCUGGAUGCUUAUUGUGCACUUCUCCUAAACUGAAAUGUCACUCUUGCAAUGCUCUGAUAAUAUUGACUGUAAUGUGUGUAAACCUGUUACCUGAAAAUAUGCAACACAAAGCAAAAAUAAAGAACGACAACGACAUUUUGUGGC